AUGGGGAAGUCAGUGGCGUUGCUGGCGUUGCGUCAUCUAGCCGUUGAGGUCGUAGCUGGAAAUUACGGUAUAGACUUGGAGUAUGAACCUGAUCCCGAUAUCUUGCCGGUAACAGGUAACACCUAUACCGAGGUGGAGAAUGUGACCCGGCCCUGGAGAGCGUCCUGCCGCGGUUCUAACCUUCACAUACUUGUCUCUGGUGUCAGUCAACUGCUGGUCGAUUCCAAGGAUUUAAACGUGUUGGUGAAUGAGAGCACCCUAACCGUAAAACAGAUUUCUCUCCAAUGCAAGUGCAGCCAGUGCGGCAAGAGCGAGCAUCACAGGAGGAGUACCCGCAGCAAACAAGCAGAUUCAAAAGGUAGGAAUGAGCGCCUGACCGGUGAUGAUUGCCGGGUGGCUAUAGAGCAGAUCUCAGGACAAUUUACUGGCACAGAUCUCGGGACUACGAUGCUCACAUACCUGCGCUUCUGCCACGAGAGGCCGAAGCGGGAAUCCCAACUACCUUACAACGCGUUGUUGUGGAGUAAAUGGAGCUUGUCAGUUGCUAAACCGAUUGAGCUGGAAGUGGCGGAGCCCACUCUUCCGAGUGCUGUGAAGAUAACGACAAAAGUGCAGGCGGGAACUCUAGAUGUUAGUCACAAAGUCAGCUGCGCAUCUUGCCGUAGCUGGGACCCUGUGAAAGUACCUUUGUUGCAGUACAAGUGGGGCCUAGAUUUAGUGGACACCAUCGUCCUGGUAAAAGUCAAUAAACUAUUCUGGAAUGAUCCGUGUGCCACGGAUACAACUACUGAAGAUGCAGUGGUGGGAGAAGCCGGAAACACUGAGCGCCGCACCAUACCCCACCAAUUCUAUCCCACUUAUAUACCGAAAUUUGUUCAUCAUGUUCGCGCACAAUUACAUGAUGAAUGGUAUCCGAUGCUCCGUCAUAACGGCGUGGCCCACACUGAGCUGAUCUAUGACUGCUGGCACCUGAGAUUUACGGGAACUGAAGGUCGCCUGACUGACGAUCUUCAUCCAGUAGCCGCAGACGGACGCCCAGUAUGUGCCGACAACACGGAAGUUCGGUCUCCCGAAGGUAGUCGUCCCGGAAGCCACGAUUCGCCGCCUUCAAUACGACUGGAUAAAGCUUUAUCAGGACUUGGUCGGAAUCGUCAGUGCGUGACCAUGAAGGUGCGUGGCACAGUGGAGGUUGUUGCGUCUUACUUGGGCUGUGGCAUUGAUGCGUACCUCUGGUGGUUAUACGCCAAUCAUUUGUAUCGUUGCUAUCGAGUAAACAAAAAGCCUCUUCCGGAGCGGGAAGCGACGUAUGUUGAGUCUGCGAAGCUCAUGGCGAAGAAUCGGGAGCAAAUUGAACUGGGCAAACGGUGUCCUUGGCUCACCAAUCAGCGGACGUCAGACCUAAUAAAAACCAUAUCGUGUCUCCGAUCAACCUGGAGCGUGUCCAGACUUCUCAACAACAGUUUGGUCGACAUCCGGGUAGACCAAAUUACCGUUCGGCUUGCAACCCUAGCAUCCGAUGCCACCUCACAUCAUCUGGUACCGGAAACGGUACCGGAACCGACGGGCACCGAGCCACUCCUCAGUCUUGUAGUAACUGAUGUCACCGUACAUCUAAGUCCUGUAAUCGGUGGGGUGUGUGUGAGGGUAAGUAAAGUGGAAAGAAUACCGGAUGGAAUACCGGAUGGAACGCGGGAUGGAAUACCGGAUGGAAUACCGGAUGGGAUAACGGAUAGGAAACCGGACGGGAGACCCGAGGGGAAGACCGGUCUCUUCACGACACCGGAUGGCCAUGGGACGGACCACGGAGCUGGGGCGGAUGGAAGGGACCCCUGGGACGCCUUUAGCCAGUAUGGCGUGAUGGCUACAGGGAUUACCUACUAUACUCCGUACGACUACUCCCGCUCGGAGGUGGCGUUGGACUACUGCUACAUAUCAGGGGACAUCGGCACUCUGACCUGGCUUGCUAACCUUUGUUGGAGUGGCACGAUAAUAUUGUACAUAAACCUUCUGUACAAGGAGCAUUGUCCGGCAUUCAACCAUUUCCGUCAGAGGGGCGGGCUGGAUCAGAACAUAGCAUUAAUUGUGAACAAAGUGCGGGUGGAUCUGGCUGGCGACUCGACCAGCAAUACAAAGCCUCCAGUGAGCAAUGAACCUUCUGACCUUGAAGUUUCAAGCUUGGAGCCUUCAGACCACAAACCGUCCCGUCUGGGUUUGGCUGGUGCCAGAGUAUGCGACGGCCGUUCAAGGUCUUUUCUGGUGCCCCGGCACUGGCGUUUCGAAGGGGUUCAUUUCAUCAAGGACAAGCGCACGAACCAUACGUACGUGAGAGCGGACACAGCACGUGCCUGUGAGUACCACCGCCUUUUCUUGUUGCUUGGCCGAGGCGAAUUUUGGUACGGCACCGCCAAGUCCGUCCCGGCUGGUCUCGGGGGUCGCGCGAGUAUUCUGGACGGCCGAGUCGUGAACCCCCAGGCGGUGAAUGAGCUUUACUAUUCGGAGUUUCCCUGCGAUGUCGAGAUCAAGAGAAUGUCAGUGGCCUUGCAGUUCCUCAACAUCUACGUCGAAGAACCUCUGGACAACUUCGGCGCCUACAUGGAGGAGUCUCUCUCCAAACUCCUCACUUUCUCCAACAUCUUCUCCGUCCCGCCUCCCGCAGUCGUAGACUGCUUUGCCGCAGUAUCCAAACGAACUCGACCCGCAUUCUUUCCUCUGGCUCAGUCAACUUAUACUUGCGAUGCGUUCAAGAUCCAAGUUCACAGCCGAAGGAACAACCCCCCGCGAGCGCAGCCCGCCUCGAACCGCGGGGUUAAGACUCGCGAAGGGACCGCCCACUCUCCCAGAGCACACUCGCCGAGGGUGCAUUCUCCGAGAGUACAUUCCCCGCGAGCGCCUUCGCCACGGACAUCAGUGGAUGUCGCAGCCACAGAUCGCACUCCUUGGCUCAAUACCGAGUGCGAAAUAAGACAUGCGCAACGGCGAGUCUUGGAGCGAGUCGUGGAGCGAGCCGGGCAGCGGUCGACGGUGAAUGACCUACUCAGGCCGGACGGUAACCCGCUGCCAGGUGCCGAACCUCGCCAGUCUGCGGACAACCAAUGGCUAGACAAUCAGAUAUCUGGAGGCAGCCAGUGGUUGGAUAAUCAGCUGUCAGGCACUACGUUGUCAGACAACAAGUGGUCCGAUACAGAUUGGUCAAGUCUGCAGUACUUUUCGCAGUGUUCUAGGCUAAGACGGUCAAGGUCUGUGCCGUUCGACUUGUCUAUGGUGCGGUGCAUCUCCGAGGAAGGAAUUUGUGAGAGAAGGGUCUACAAGGGAGGAUUUUGUGAGGGAGGAAUUUGUGAGGGAGGGAGCCCGAGGGAGUUGUCUGCCGAGAGAGCUAACACACGACAGAGAGCUCCCGUGACCGCUGCAACAGUCAAGAGCUUGGACGAGAUCACCGCGGAGCUUCUAGGACCGGACAUGUGUCGCAACCCGGUGGUGGUCAAGGAGCUUGUGCUCAUGUUGAAGGAGCUGCUGAACAGUCUUGGAGACAUCCGCCGCGAGGACGAAAAACAGCCGUCCGACGACGUAGCCCGUGGCAGUAGACAACAUUUCAUCACCUCCUGGCAGCCACAGUGUUUCAACAUUGUCGCAAAGGACCUCAGUACGCAGUUCAACCAAGACGUGUGGGUCUGCAAACCGCGCUACAACUCGGUGGCAGUCACCGCCAAAGAGUUCAAGCUGCAAGGAGCGAAGCCGUUCAACGAGUUUUGCGUCGCCAGCAUUCAAUACAAGUGCUUCAAACAGUUCACGAAGCGACCGGUCCACUCUGGCCACGAGUCCGACAGUUCCAGGGGCGACGGUCAAGACGUCCCCUCGACGGAACCCGGCACCGAUUGGUUACAAGAACGAUGGAGCAACGAGCUCAACCUGCAAGGCAAUCGCCUUGCACUCCCGGAGGCGAACCUGGUCAGCUACGACCAGGUUAGACUGGUCACAGCCUUCUUUACCGCUUGCUCCAAAUGCAACGUCAAACCCAUCUCUCUACUGCCAGCGGCCCCCAAGCCAACGACGGCCACUACAGCGACGGCCACUUCAGCGACGGCCACCACAACGACGGCCACUACCGCGACGGCCACCACAACGACGGCCACUACAGCGACGGCCACCGCAACGACGGCCACCGCAACGACGGCCACUACAGCGACGGCCACUACAGGGACGGCCGCAGCUUGGACGACCACGUCCAGCACCACGACGUCCACCCCGACUGUGCCCGGCCGUGCUGGAACAGCGCCUGUGAGUGCUCCGGCUAGGUGGGUGCUGCAGCUCUUAGACUCUGAAGUAAGCCUCUACGACGGAGCACUCACGGUCUCUGCGGCCGCUGCGGUCGAAGCGUGUGCAGAGUCCCGAAAGAAGACGAAGCCGGGCGGCCCCCCGGGCGAGUCAACCGCCUCUCUUUGCUUGAACAUUCAGGCCUUAUUGUGUCUCAAGGUGUACGGCACGUCAGUGAUUAAACUCAGGCCACCAUUUUCCCUCUCCUUCCUGGACCGACAACUGACCGUGACAGGCCGCGUGCUGGAAGUACAGCCCUUGCCGUCCACCCUUAUCAUCCUACUGCAAAUCCAGAACCGAAUUUCAUCCAUUCUGAAAGGCUACCAGGUCCGGAAACAGGCAGCUCAAACAGCUCAAAACCCGCCGGCUCAAGACCAGCCAGCCCAAGAACCUCCUGGUCAAGACCACCUGGCCCCAGACCACGACCUACCAACUACCGGUCAGGGUAUGGAUUACGCUGCGUUGGCUGAACAAGUGGUGCUCGCGCUUCACACCAGCGACAUGACCAGCGCCCAGGACGAGUGUGAGGGUCCGCUGCACAGCCGUCUCGACGUACCAGAGGGACUGCCACCCAAACGGAACGUACCCACAUCCCCCAGCGGGCCCGAGCUGGAUCUCUGGUCCGGCAAAAGCCGUUCCCGAGUGGCCCCCCGGAGGGCCGCCUCCGGCUCGGAACGAUCCACUUGGUUGACCGAGCGAGCCGUCGACUCUCUCAGCCUGUCGUCGCCCCGAGACUCACGUUCAGGCGGGCCUAAUGCCGACACACCCGUCAGCCUCUGCUCGCCCACGAUUCUUAACUCACACUCCAGAAGCCAGCUCCGGCCCACGCUUGAGGUGCCCCAAGAAGAAGAGCGACCGGAAGAGGGAUCGCAGCGACCGCAAGAAAAAUCGCGGCGGCCGGCCGGACAGCAGCGACCGGCAGACGGGUGCAGAUUCGAGUGCAACAUAGAACAGUUGAUUGUGCGCCUCGGACCUUACACCAACAUCAGCGCUAAGCUGUUGCGUUACGAACCGGGUGUGGCUAGUGCCGGCUCCGUUCGCGUGUUACAGCAAGUGAGCGAUCCCGCAUGUAGUCAUCUCGCUUGCUUCCACGCCAAUGUGGUUGACGUCCUCUGCACCCGCGAGCCACGCGGCCAGUGCCGCCUAUCACUCGGUUCGGCUACCAUGCACAUCACACCUGCCCUUGUCGUCUCUUGCGUCCGUAGUAACGUGCUCGCCUUCACCCACUUCCUCCGCAACUACCUGCCGCUGAACGGAGCAGCGCGGGCGCACACUGGACUGCACUACGACACGUGCCUACCAACGGAGGCCACCGGCUUCGUGCACAGGGGAAACUGCGCCAGCCACGGCGCCAGCCACGGGUGGGAUGCGGCCUACGGCUGUCCGACCAGUGGGCUUGCGGACACGACGGACUCCCGACCAGCCCUGUCCGUCGUAAUGUCACUGCGGAAUGUGGCUGUCCACGUGCAAGAGACGGCGUUCUUGACGACCAAAGGCAAACCCACGCCGUCGGCACUACGGCGCUGGGCAUUCCGGCCUACUUCGGAACUGGCAGGCGAGCACCUCCAUUUGCUGAAUAUCACCCAGAUCAACCUUGAUCCUGACUGGCGACGACCUUGCAGCAGAGAGCCGUUUAGUCGCGACCCCAACCCAUGUAAUCGCGACACUAAUCCAAGUAAUCACUAUCCCAACACCUACCCGGUUUGGAACGGUGCCAUCCCAAGAGAAGUGCUGGGGGACAUGGUGUUCUUCGUGACCUUGGAGCGGGACCAUGUGAUUGCGAAGCCGUGGCACCGGACUUCGCCGUUCCAGAACACGACAGGUGGGUUGGUAUUGGAGACUCCGUCGGUGUACGCUAGUCGUCGCGCCGGGGCAUGGGCAGUAAGUGUUCCGGAGUUAGUAUUGCGCGGCUCGGCCAAGGAGGCUGAGGAGUUGGCGCGAAUGGACCUGGUCGUGGAGCGCACGAUAACGCACACGACAGCGGCUGUGGAGAAGUUGCUGGCUAAUCUGAAUCGGCGUCAGACGUCCCGGUUGUUGACGCUCUCUCGUUACCUCGGUGACAUGUUCGCACAAUUCGCCGCCUUCGCACACCGACCGCCGCGGCCGGACGCACCUAAAUUGCUACGCACAGACACCAGUGGUACCCUGAGCGAGGCCACAUGGCGUCGACCGCAAGACCCUCCUGCCGACCCCGGUCGACUCCUCCGGGCCGCACUCGAUGGAUCCUCCCGCACUCGGGACGACCCGCGACUCGGCGCCGAACCUCUCGCCUUUACCACCCGGAAUCUCAGAGCCGCCGCCAUCCCCCGCAAACUGACCCAGGACGUCGAACACAUCACCGUCCACGAGCCCCACGCCCGUGCCUUCUCCGUAGGCUCCAUGGACGAUGUGUCCCGCGCCAUGUUCCGCGGCUCCAAUCGUGACCCACGACUCGACUUCCGCUCGCUCGACCAACGCUCAGUCGAUCAACGCUCAGUCGACCAACGCUCAGUGGCCGCAGACCAACGCUCGGUGGUCGCAGACCAACGGUCAGGCGACUUCCUCGAACCCGUAUUGCACGGCCCAACCGACAGCCGUCCACCCAUGGCCUGGAGCGUGACCCUGGCCCAGGGUAGCAUCGCCUUUAUGAGCGACGAUCUGCAGCUGCUUCGGGUCCUCGUCAGCCACCUCAACUGCGGCCAAGAGCCUACCUGCUGCCCUCCACGGGAUGCAGCCAGCGGCCAUGCGCCCGACAGCACCGACAGCCAAAACCCGCAUGAAAAAGCAGACGUGCAGGUGGUGGACGCGCAGGCUAGUCAACAAGCCGCGGGGCAGCAACUGGGCUGCGCCGACCGCUUCGACAGCUACGGACGACCCGUUAAACGCGUGCGGACCUUGAUCGCCUUGCAAGACCUUAUGCUCAUGACCAGCAGUCCCCUAGUUUCCGAUGACGGCAAUAUGAGUCCACUUCUCGCACCUCUAAACGAUGACGACCCGAUCCUCGUCUUCUCUUCAGUCCACGCAACCAAACUGAUUCCGCGCAGGACCAAGUCCGUAGGCAGGCGAAAGCGGCUCAUCUCCACUCUCAUGGGCCAUAACCGCGCGGGGGAGAAUCGAUUCUCCGGAGAAGGAGGCGGCAGGCACCAUCUCAUGGAAGGCAGACAUGUCAUGGACAGCAACAAACCAUUCAAGACCAUGGCAAGAGGGUGCAGCAGCUACGAUCGCCCUCUCUACAAGAGGCCAGUAUUCCCCCACAUUGAGGCCGAGUUGUGCGAAGGUCGCAGCGAACACUACUGUCAUUACGACUAUAUGGACAUCCGGAUCGCACCCGUAGAGCUGAGAAUGAGCCAGAAGCUCGUUAUUGAGAUCCACAACUAUUUUGUCGCGCCCUUGGGCGAGGAAGAAAGCGCUCCCAGUGGCGAUUUGCUGGAGAGUUUGAAAGCCGUCGAGCAACAGCUGCUUCAAACCACUCAAUUAGCGGAUGGCUCUAACAACCCGGCAAGCCAGUCACCCACUGCAGACUACGUCUCGCCCCAUAUUUCGCCGAUGGAGGUUGAAUCCUCCGAAAAGAGAACGAAUGGCGACCGAAAUCAAACGGUUCUGGCUGAACAGAUCAAAAUACACGCAAUCAAAAUGCUGCUCACCUACCAGGGAAUCAUCAACAUCAAAGACUGCCAGGUUGCCUUAAGCCCCUCCAUCCUUGUAAACGUCGAAGCCUCUAAUUUAUCAGGAAUCCUCAAUCGAAUCAGCUAUCAAAUAAUGGCGUAA